UCAAUUUCCUAGCACUGGCUGUCACUUCAUCAAACGCAAAACAAAAAUAAUUAAAAGUCAUCAAAUAGUUUUAAGCAAAAAAAAAUCUUCAAACCAUUGUUCUUAUCAUCGUCUACUAGUUAAGUUUAAAUUAUCGAAUUAAGUGCAAUCAAAACCGAAAUUAGGAAACAUGGAGUAUAACUGAUAAGAAGUGUGCCACCGUUGUUUUUUUGAAAGGGAUAAGCGACAGAGAUAUAGAGAAAGUGUUUACGUGAGCAUUAGUAUCGCAUUAGUUUCAACUCCAGCAUAAUAAAGUUCUGCGUAAUAAAUCUCAUCAUUUUCCCAUCCUUCGCAUCACACCGAGUGCUAGUGAGCGCACGUGAACUGAACAGGCGGCUAGGCAGCAGGAUGGCCUCGACGAUGCAGCUGGAGUUCGCUCAAGCGAUGGCCGAUUUCAAAAAUAUGUUCCCCGAUAUGGAUCGAGACGUGAUAGAGGCGGUACUGAGGGCAAACCAGGGAGCCGUGGAUGCCACCAUUGAUCAGCUGCUGGCGAUGAGCACCGAUAAUCAGAAUGAAAAAUUGCGCCAGGAGUUGGAUGGCGAUACGGGCCGAACAGUUCCAUCUGGUGGAAACAAUACUGUUCCAGGGACGGGAACCCUGCUGGAUCUUUCUAGUGGUCCUACACCAGCACUUCUCAGUACUUCGCCUAAAUCCACGGCCUUGGGUGCAUCGCCCAAGAUAAAGAAAUCUCCCGGUAGCUCAAGUGCCACCAAUAGUCCUCGGAUUGUUGCAGUUGGAGCUCUGAACGUUCGAGAAGCCGACAAACCGAUCGCCAACCGAAAAUGGAACCCUCCUAUGCUAGGCCCUUUGCCACCGACAUUUCUUCGGUUAAGCGGCGAAGCAUCGCGAAACACCGAGUUCGAUCUCGGUGAUGAACAGUUUGCAAUGAUGUUGCAAAAUGAAGAAUUCAUGGCCGAGCUGAGAUGGAACCAGGAGUUCCUUUCAGCCCUGGAGAAAGAUCACCAGGGAAAGGUUUCCGAUGAUGCCGCAUUCAAAGAGAGACUGCGCCACAUGGGUAAGAUUUCCCGGAAAAAAUUUGCCCAGUUGGCCCGGGUUUUUACCUGGCAGCGGGGUACAAACAAAAAGGCAAGUGCCGUCAGACAUCCCGAUUCGCUGCUGCUGCAGGAGGAACACAGCGACGAUGACGAACCGAAGAAGGCUGUCAAGAAGUAAAGUUUUUGCGUGGACCGUUUUUAGAAAAUCCGGGAUGCCGAGAUGAAAAUAUGUAGGGGAAUGCGCGAUAGAAGGUGACAAAUUGAUUCCAGAGAUACACCUUAAUUUUAGUGUUUUAUAAGAUAAGACUGUUAUAUUUUCGUGUGGAAAAUUGGAAAAUCCAUGCAUCAAAAGGCAUCGAUAUACUAACUAAUUGGUAGACAUGGGCUGAGCUGACGGUUUGAUGAAUGCGGUCAUAUCAUAAUGGUUUGUUUUAUACAUUAUCCUGCUGCACUUGCAAUCGCUACAGGCACUCAGUUUGUCAGUUUUGUUGAUUUUUUUUUAUUUAUUUGUACAUAGAGAUUCUUUAUUUUUUUGUUUUUUCGUUUAUAUUAGUUAUAGUUUGUAGAACAGCAUUUAUAUCUGGUACGAUUCAAUUGUACAAUUGUAGUGUUUUAUCGGGACAGUGAUAAAAAAUAGUUAUCAUGUGAAGUGCAAAUAUGCGGUGAACAGUUUUAUUUUUAAUUUAUGAAUAGUCCACUUGUUUUGUCUAACCGCAAAUUCAAAUUAGUACACAGGCCAAGCAAAUUGAGCGUUGCCAUUUGGUGAAUAGAUUAUUUACGCAUCCGCAGCUGUAACAAACAACAUAUAAAAGAAGAAAACAAAACUAAACGAAAUCAACCAAUACUAGUCACCGCAGAAUAGAAAAGAGUAGUCGAGCUACGACACAGAAGAAUCUCCGUGCGGAAUGAUGUAACACAAAAGUCAACGUAAAUACACAAAAAGUGAGCCUAAAACUAUAAACAACAGUAAACUAAACUCAAGCUAACGAUAACAAAACAACUCCACUACUCUGAGAUAGUGCAAAUUGCUAGCUACCCCCGCCCGCACUUCCUCAGUUGCUGCUGCUAAGCAGAUCGAUUAGAACAACAAUCUUACUGCUCAGAUCGAAUUCCGCAGUGAAAUAUUUAGAAUAAGUUCAAAUGCUUCUAUGAUGGUAAUUUCAUAGUUCUAUACGUACUUUUAGUUGGUUAUUAGUUGUUUCGAUUCAAUACAGUAAGCCGACAGGACAACGAACAGUUCGCAGUUCUGUGAGUUCGCCAAUGGCAUUGGUCAAAAUAAGCUUGAAGACAGUAUAACAAAUGUUCAAAGGUGUUUUGUUUCGCCAAAUAGAAAUUAGGAGAUGAGCAUUUGGAUGUUUCAGAUGUUUUUUUUUCUCCAUCAUGCACAGCAGGACAGCUAGGUAUCAGAGUUGAUUCAUCAAACCUUGAUCGAUUUAUUAUUUAGUUUACUGUCGUGCUCAGAUUCAACAACCGAUUCCGCCUCAAAUCGGUUCGGAACCGAUUGUCGACUCUGAUUCGGAUUCCAAUUUAACGAAGCGUAAACAAAAAUUUAUUACUUUCCCACUCGGCGAUCGACCGAAAAAGUUAAAAUCGGAUAUAAAUACACCAUAAUAAUAAUUAUAUUUUGAAGGUCAUGAAUUCCGAAUCAAAUUGCUUCUUAUUUUGUUGUGUGAUUGGAAAGGUUACAAUGGCCGUACAUCCAGCGGUUUCGUUUAUAGUCAUAUGGACUAUACUAUUUGUCACUACCGAUGGUAUGGGAAAGUGGGGCAAGACUGCCAGAGGGGUAAGUGUACCAUAGGUUCAUAACGGGGCAAGUUCGCCAUAUUACCACAGACUAACAGACAUGACAGUAUAAGUAAAUUCUUAUAAAUUUUUUUUUCGUGAUGCACUAGUUCCACCUAUAUUGUACUGCGCGAACUAUUUACUAUCUGUACACCCCUUGUGUUAUGUAAAAGUUUUUUUACUAGUUGGUUUCCCCUCGUUUGUCAACACCGAUCAGCUGCUCGCAGGGAUGCCUGAUUUCAUCAAAAUAUUUGAAAAUGAAUCGUCACAAUAAAUUAUUGGAUUACGUUGAUAAUAUAUUUAACUUUUUCGCGAUGUUGGAAGGUAACCAUUUAUUCGACUCAAAGUUGUUCAUCUAGACUAUUUUUUAUUGUGUUGGUAGUUGUGGGGUUGUGAAUACCUUCCUAAAUAUAUCUAGACAUUCGUUGGAAGCAAACUAGUCACAACAAUACACCCCUGGAAAUAACACGAGGUAGUGUGAUGUUUGUACCCAUGGUAAUGUGUUGUUUGUAUCCAUGGCGAUACCACGCUUAUUAUUAUUUAAUCGUAGUAAGCGAUCAACGAACUAAUUCGUCCUCUUUCUUCUUUGGUCGCUUGAACAGGUAACACGCAUUAUCAAAUUGUCUCAGCUUGGCUGGGUGAUUCCAGACUCUUAAUAAAAGAAAACUCACAGUAGUUUUCACCCGAAAUUAAGUGGCGGCAGACCAGAAGCAAGUAAAUAUUGUAACAAAACGGGUUCGAUUUUGUAUUGCGUUGGAGGAUGAGAAGUAGCACAAUUAUGUAUAUAGUUUUGGCAAUAUGUAUUAAAUCUGUACCCUGCAUGAAAUUCGCAUGGACGUAUACAAAUCAAUACAUUACAGGUAAUUCUGUAUGAAUGGCAACUCUGUUGGUAAAUGAAAAAAUAAACACAGUCUAGAUGACAGACAGGAUGUUUUUGAUAGGGUAACGUGGCGUCAUCAUGACACAUGUGAGUACUGUCCCAAAUAAAGGAAUAUUCGAAAUGACCGUUAAAAUGAUUGAAGAAUCUAAUUUGAGUGUCCUGUCUGUUAUUCUGUGAUAUUACUAUGGGGCAGGUGUGCCAUAACAUAUGAUGAACAAACCUAACCUCAAAGUCGAUCAGUGUUGAAACAUUCACUGUAAACAAACAACUAAAAGCAGAUUCUGCACGAUGGCACGGACAUACAAGAGAGUUUCUUCGCGUAAAAAGAGGUCAAAUACAAGCUUGCUGCAAUCAGACCCUGUCAGCUUGGAGCGAAAUCAAUCUUCAGUACAGCAACGCCAUCGCACGGCGUCUCAUUCAACAUGUCAUGUCAAUUGUAUGGGUGCGCAGUGCUGCUAUUUUGGCGCGUACGAAUUUGACAUUUCUCUCCCCUACUUCUAUGUACGAGAUUCGACAUGCCGCGGAAAACUUUAGAGAAGUAAAUGAUGAUGAUAUUUUUAAUACAUGUAAUAUCUAAAACAAGUGUGAAUCUUAUCGAUUGUAUUAAGGAAAGCAGUACAGGAGAGGAAAUCUCAUCCAAAUUACGGAGAAAAUGUAAUUAUUGUUAUCAACAAGCCUCCGAAAAUCAUGUAUUGAUUACCGAAUUGUUUUGUUUACCAAUAAUGUUUUUUGGGCUAUCGAGGGUACUCCUGAAAGUACUUCUCAGACGUACCAAUUAUCAAAAUCAUGCGUUAUUUUUUUUGUAGAAACACGAAAAUUCUUAACUUGGUACACUUGCUCACCAUUAGGGCUAGCAAAUUGAAGCAACGAAUAUUAACAAAAGGGUUUCACCAUCUGUGCUAUUCACACACAUUCGUAUGUCAGGUAGAAUUCACAGCGCAACCCAAGCAAGGAAAGCUGCUUCGUUCGUUCAUUAGUCAUGAAUAUGCCCGCUAUCUGAGACCUAUGCUUCACGAGGUUAGCAUUUGAUGAAUGGUUCUCAUAUUGAAGAUGCCUAUGAAGAAGCUAGAUUCAUAACUUUUAGUUCCGAUGAAUAUUAAUUUAAAAAACAUUGCUUUCUAUGUUUCUAGGAUAUGUACACAGUGUAAACUCCCCAGAAACAAAUUGAUCGUUCGCAUGUGCUCAAAUGCUUAAUUUCUACUAUAAAAUGUUUAAAGUAUGUUUGAAAUGUGAUCAAAUUUGGUCUUAGAAUGCGAACAUAUGUUCAAAAAUGGUUUCUGUAAACCUACACUGUGAAAACACCGUAAACAUUACCUAUUUGACUUUGCUUCGCGUCAUGUAGCACGUCGUGAAGCAAGGCCUUCUUUCUCAUACAAUACUAACGAGAGCGAAUCCUACAUUUCAUUACAUUGCCAUGGAUUGCUUAGUUCACGUGUUAACUGAGACUGAGAGCACAGGCAAUUUACUAUAGGCAAGGGAAUUGAUCUGCUCAAUAGCAUAUACUUUCACGCAUCCAGUUUCUCUCUGAUAUAGGUCUCUCAUUCUGCUAUGUCAAGCAAAGUGUUCACAGCAGAUGUUUUUUUGUUGCUUCGUUCGUUUGAGGAUUCACAAUACAAGCCCUGCUCACCAUCCCCAAACUCGCGGUGUCGCGCAGCUGAGUCACUUCAGCACGAAAAAGUACGGGAGUGUAAUGUCAGAGACAUAACUGGAUGUCGUGAAUACAAAUAAAACUGACUCAUUUUCUUUAUACUUUCGAAUAUCAAUUAGUUGAUCGAUUGGGUGAAUUGUGCAAGCUUUCCCCCUUUUCACUACUAGAAUUUGAAACGAUACACCUAAACUAAAGUACUGAUUAGUUACAUUAAACAUUCUGACAUACAAUUAAAUAUUACGAGCUAACCAGUAUAAUUCUUUAUGAUGAAAUAAUGGUGGUUCUGCAAAAAAUCUUUUAUGAAGGCGUUCGUGAUGAAGAGUGACGAGUUAAGUUCGAAUCUAUUCAGUCGAUGCUAUGCAUUUUAUAUAGCAAAUCAGCAAAAAGUUCUACUACAAACUGCAACUGGUUGAAAAUGGGCCGUAUACAGUGAAGGAAAAUUUCGCAUAAUUCUUUAGGUAUACAAUUAUGGUUCUAAAUAGCAACAUAAAAACUUUUGAUGUCGAUGACUUACUUUAGAUUUGAAUUUUUCAGUGAAAAAACUGGCUGCACGGGAUUAAUUUCUGGCAAUCAGGAGGGCCAAAAUAUGUAAUUCACUAAGAUAUUUAACACUGUUGCGAAUUUUGCACUGCGAAAAUUAUCUCAGAUUUUCACUGCACUGAUGGUUUUAAUUACCGAUUUGCAAAGAAGCAAUCUUUAUAGUUCUUUAGAUAACAUUUGGAGCCAUUAGAAGGGUUUUGCAUAAUGUUCCCCAUUGUUGUCCAUUUUUCGUUGUAAUUUUCUCCAAUGCGAACGACCAGCAGCAGGAUGAUGCAAUCGAUCAUAUUUAAAGGGAAACUAGCUCUGCGACCCGUGUGUUUGAGGUUUUGUACCACCCAAAACGUAUGCGCUUUCAUUGCCGAGUGCUUCUCUUGGCGACCGAAGUCCAAAUGAGAGCACGACCUGAGCGUUUGUGGUUUUGUGCCACGCAAAAGAUUUGCUCUCAUUACUGGCGACUGUUGUUUCCGACCAUUAAAGUCCAAAUUAAAGAACGACCUGAGCGAAGCACGCUUUAUACUUGGUUUGUUUUUACUAAUGUUGGUGGGAGAACCUCACCUCGACAUCCAGUUCCGUCUGAAGCACUAGAAGAAACGAACGAUUUGCAAUCAAAGUUUACUUUUUAUACUUGGUUUAGUAGAUAAUCGGAACUGAUAUGUGCUUUACUACCUCAAGGUAAGCAAGCGUGAUGAAUUUUCCUCACUAUUUUCAAAAGUUCUAGAAAACUUUGUUUUUCAAUUUAUGGUUAUCUGACGCUGUUGAAAAUUUAAUCACAAAUUCCUGAUUAUAUUUUCGAUAGCUUGUAGAAAAAAAUAUGCUGUUGGGUUAAGUACAUCAAGAGAUAUUCGCGAUAAAGUUCUGCCCAUUCUUCCACAGGCUAAAUUUUGAAAAGGCGCCCCACAGUAAAGUAAAUCGUAUUCACGACAUUAUAGACUCUCUUCAUAGCCAAACUUCUAAAAUUCUUAAUAUAUCGAAGGAAGAAUGAAAAUUGAAAUUUCGUUUGUUUUGAAUGCGCUGAUUUACGAAUGAGACAGUAAAAAUGAAAAUGAGGCUGCUGGAUUGAAUUCUUUUACUACAAAUUUAAGAUCUGAUACGGGUUGUACCUCCAGCUUCUCGCAUGAGAAACCUCCAUAGUGGGGAUGAUGUAUGCCUGAAUGAAAUGCUAGUUUUGAUAAAGUUCGAAUUUGGAAGAAUUUCAAAAUACUCUGUGAUUGUUUUCAAUCAACAGACAUAAUUUCCAACUUAAGUAAAAGCACUCGUUUUUAAAUGAAAAAAACUUCAGGCCUUUUUAUCACAAUUGCAGAUUGGUAAAAGCAUUGAAAACUCGCCACUUUUUCAUUAUUUGUGUUUGUUUUAUCAACCGUACAUUUGCGAACAUAAAUCUAAGAAAAAGAUUUGGAAAAUAUUACCGCCGUCUAUAUUAUUACCAUUCGGAAAUCAUACUGAAUUCCGAAUCAAAUUUUAGACGAGUUAACUGGGUACUUGCAUGUGUGACAUUGGGUACAGCCAUUUCUGUCUUUUUCCAUCACUAAACAGUCCUUUUUUGAGGCGAAAUACGACUUCUUCCAAUAUUUGAAUUAUGUUUGAGUAUAUUAUUUCAUCGUCUUUGGUUUAUUUGAACAAUGUAGUUUAAGAUCGAUAAUGCAAAAAUGCCUACAACAUAUGACGAACUCACAACUCACUGUUGUCAAGAAGCAAAAAAAAACAGAAGCCGUUUUCUAUCAGUUGGUAACUUUAUUACCUUGUUCCUUGCAAUCACAAUACGAUUACGUGAUAGUUUGUUUUAUUUAUUAAAUAAAUACGCCAUAUAAACCUAAUAAAAUGCAAUAACGUAAUAUGAUAGUUUGCAGUAGCGAAAGGAAAUUUUUUUUCUCGAUUGAUUUUUCAACACCGCAACAAAACUCACUAACUCAGAUCUGAAGCAUAUUUCGAGGUUUUCUCAGUGAAGUGAAAUGUAUGAAACUCAUAAAAAAACAUCAAAUUAAACUAUGCUACAUGUUAUAAUUUUACUCAAUAAACAAA